AGACUAAGGAGAAUCAGUUCUUGCUGUAGGUAAGGGGAAUGCUGUGUUUAUAAAGCAAAUGACAUGGAAACUGGAUCUUGGAGGAUGAGUUUGUUUUCAAAAGGUACUUGAGAAAUACUCAUCAGAAAAAAGCCGUCUUUGGGCAGUGUCGGGGUCUGCCAUGUGUUGCACCGCUACUGACCACAGUGGAAGAGGCUCCACGGGGCAUCUCUGCUCGAGUCUGGGGACAUUUUCCUAAGUGGCUCAAUGGCUCUCUACUUCGAAUUGGACCUGGGAAAUUCGAGUUUGGGAAGGAUAAGUACAAUCAUUGGUUUGAUGGGAUGGCACUGCUUCACCAGUUCAGGAUGGCAAAGGGCACAGUGACAUACAGGAGCAAGUUUCUACAGAGUGAUACAUAUAAGGCCAACAGUGCUAAAAACCGAAUUGUGAUCUCAGAAUUUGGCACACUGGCUCUCCCGGAUCCAUGCAAGAAUGUUUUUGAACGUUUCAUGUCCAGGUUUGAGCUGCCUGGUAAAGCUGCAGCCAUGACUGACAACACUAAUGUCAACUAUGUGCGGUACAAGGGUGAUUACUACCUCUGCACUGAGACCAACUUUAUGAAUAAAGUGGACAUUGAAACUCUGGAAAAAACAGAAAAGGUAGAUUGGAGCAAAUUUAUUGCUGUGAAUGGAGCAACUGCACAUCCUCAUUACGACCCGGAUGGAACAGCAUACAAUAUGGGGAACUCCUUUGGGCCAUAUGGUUUCUCCUAUAAGGUUAUUCGGGUUCCUCCAGAGAAGGUGGACCUUGGGGAGACAAUCCAUGGAGCCCAGGUGAUAUGUUCUAUUGCUUCUACAGAGAAGGGGAAACCUUCUUACUACCAUAGCUUUGGAAUGACAAGGAACUAUAUAAUUUUCAUUGAACAACCUCUAAAGAUGAACCUGUGGAAAAUUGCCACUUCUAAAAUUCGGGGAAAGGCCUUUUCAGAUGGGAUAAGCUGGGAACCCCAGUGUAAUACGCGGUUUCAUGUGGUGGAUAAAUGCACUGGACAGCUCCUUCCAGGGAGAUACUACAGCAAACCUUUUGUUACAUUUCAUCAAAUCAAUGCCUUUGAGGACCAGGGCUGUGUUAUAAUUGAUUUGUGCUGUCAAGAUAAUGGAAGAACCCUAGAAGUUUACCAGUUACAGAAUCUCAGGAAGGCUGGGGAAGGGCUUGAUCAGGUCUAUAAUUCAGCAGCCAAAUCGUUCCCUCGAAGGUUUGUUUUGCCUUUAAAUGUCAGUUUGAAUGCCCCUGAGGGAGACAACCUGAGUCCAUUGUCCUAUACUUCAGCCAGUGCUGUGAAACAGGCUGAUGGAACGAUCUGGUGCUCUCAUGAAAAUCUACAUCAGGAGGACCUAGAAAAGGAAGGAGGCAUUGAAUUUCCUCAGAUCUACUAUGGUCAAUUCAAUGGCAAAAAGUAUCAUUUCUUUUAUGGCUGUGGCUUUCGGCAUUUGGUGGGAGAUUCUCUGAUCAAGGUUGACGUGGUUUGGAGAGAAGAUGGCUUUUAUCCCUCAGAACCUGUUUUUGUUCCAGCACCAGGAACCAGUGAAGAAGAUGGUGGGAUUAUUCUUUCUGUGGUGAUCACUCCCAACCAGAAUGAAAGCAAUUUUCUCCUAGUUUUGGAUGCCAAGAACUUUGAAGAGCUGGGCCGAGCAGAGGUACCUGUGCAGAUGCCUUAUGGGUUCCAUGGUACCUUCAUACCCAUCUGAUGGGACAACCACAAGGUCUGGAAACUAGGUUUAAAAUAAGUGUGCACUUGGACAUAAAGACUGGAGAAAUAAACACUGAGGACUCCAAAAGGGGGGCAAGGAGGAAGAGGGGCAUGGGUUAAAAAGCUACCUGUUGAAUACUAUGUUCCCUAUUUGGGUGAUGGGUUCGUUAGAAGCCCAAACGUCAGCAUCACACAAUAUACUCAUGUAACAAGCCUGCAUAUGUACCCUAGAAUCUAAAAUAAAAAUAAAAAGAAAAACAAAGCAUGUACUCUAUACAAAAGACAGAGCAUAAAGGGCACUGUACCUCCCAAACCAAUGUCCCAAAUAGACAUUUAGUUUAAAAAUUUCUGUUAAAAACAGAAUUCACUAUUUCCUUGCCACUGUCAAGUCACGCCAUGGCAGAGGCUCGAGUGCAUACGAGCUUUGGUUUUACCCUUAAUACACCAUCAUGGCCAACGGAGGCAUUGCUGCUGGAGGUGUCAUGGCCAUUAACACUACUAUAUAAGAGGUGCUGAAGACCGCCCUCACUCAUGAUGGCCUAGCAUGUGCAAUUUGUGAAGCUGCCAAAGCCUUAGACAAGCACCAAGCCCACCUUUGUCUGCCUGCACCCAACUGCAAUGAGCCUACAUAUGUCAAGUUGCUGGAGGCCCAUGGUGCUGAACACCAACUCACCCUAAUUAAGGUUGAUGACAACAAGAAACCAGGGGAAUGGGUAGGCUUCUGUAAAACUGAGAGGGAAACUCCUGAAAAGUGGUUGGCUGCAGUUGUGCAGCAGUUAAGGACUAUGUCAAAGAAUCUUAGGUCAAGGAUGUCACUGAAGAGUAUUUCAAAUGUAAGAAAUGAACAAAUAAAACUUUGGCACUCAUAUUUCUUAAGAAAAAACACCACAAAGAAUUCAUAAUAUAACUAUGGUUAUAUAUAUAUAUGUGUAUAUAUAUAUAUAUAUAGGCUUUUCCUUGAAAUAAUUAAGAAAGUAUUGAUACAACCUUUUGAAGAGAGUUUUAAAUUUCAUUUAUUGGCUAUAUCUUCCUCUAGGUAAUAAUAAGAAUACAUGAAAGAAAAAAUCA